AUGGAUGCUCCAUCUGUGUAUUCGACACACGUGUACGAGCCGAGUUCUGCGAACACCGGUGAUACUAGACUGCAAAUCCAAACCCAACUCGAGACGUUUGUUCUCGACUUUCGUCUCGACAACAACUUUGUCUAUCGUGAUCAACUACGCGAAAAUGCUAUUCUGCAAAAGUACUACUGCGAUGUCAACAUCAACCAUCUGAUUAACUUCAACGAAGAGCUUGCUCAUAAGCUUGCCUCUGAACCGGCUGAGAUAAUCCCUCUGUUUGAAAAUGCCUUGAAAAAGUGUUCUCACAGAAUCCUCUUCCCUCACGACCGUGACGUCAAACUUCCAGAGCAUCAGCUGCUGCUUCACUCCGACGCUGGGGAUAUUUCCAUCCGAAACCUCGACUCCAUGACCAUUGCUCGGCUGGUCCAAGUUCCCGGUAUUGUCAUUGGCGCUUCUGUCAUGUCGUCGAAGGCCAUUCAACUGCAACUACAGUGCCGCAGCUGCCAACACCAACUGUCUGUUCCUGUCUUCGGUGGCUUCACAGGUGUCUCCCUUCCGCGCCAAUGCGAGCGCAAGAGACUUAAAAACGACCCGACCCCCAAGUGUCCUCUCGACCCAUACUUUGUCUUGCAUGAAAAAUCGCUAUUUGUUGAUCAGCAAGUUAUCAAGCUGCAAGAGGCGCCGGACCAAGUUCCUGUGGGUGAACUUCCACGACACGUGCUCAUCUCUGCAGACCGAUAUCUCACAAAUCGAGUCGUGCCGGGCUCACGAUGCACAGUCACGGGGAUUUUCUCCAUUUACCAGAAUAAGGGCUCCAAAAAUUCGGCUACAGGUGGCGCUGUGGCCAUUCGCACACCAUACUUGCGCGCCGUCGGCAUCCAGACCAGUUCUGACCAACUAAAGGGAUACACCAGCUAUACAGAAGAGGAAGAGCAAGAGUUCCUGGAAUUGAGCCGUCGACCAGAUUUAUACAGUGUGAUGGCCGACUGCAUCGCGCCAUCCAUCUAUGGCAACAACAAUAUCAAGAAAGCUAUUCUCUGCCUCCUUCUCGGCGGCUCCAAGAAGCUGUUGCCUGACGGAGCCAAGCUAAGAGGUGACAUCAAUGUGCUCCUUCUUGGUGACCCUGGAACAGCCAAGUCUCAGCUUCUCAAAUUCGUCUCAAAGGCUGCUCCCAUAUCCAUCUACACCUCUGGUAAGGGCUCGUCCGCUGCCGGUCUUACAGCGUCUGUCCAGCGAGACCAAUCGACGCGCGAAUUUUACCUCGAGGGUGGUGCCAUGGUACUUGCUGAUGGUGGUGUUGUCUGCAUUGACGAGUUUGACAAGAUGCGCGACGAAGAUCGCGUGGCCAUUCACGAAGCCAUGGAGCAACAGACCAUUUCGAUCGCCAAGGCCGGUAUCACCACCAUCUUAAACGCCAGAACAUCGGUCUUGGCGGCGGCAAACCCCAUAUUUGGUCGCUACGACGACAUGAAGACCCCUGGGGAAAACAUUGACUUCCAGACCACUAUCCUUUCUCGUUUCGAUAUGAUAUUCAUCGUGAAAGACGAACAUAACCGAGAAAAGGACAUCAAUAUUGCCAAGCACGUCAUGGGCAUUCACAUGGAUGGCCGCGGCGUUGAAGAAGUUGCCGAGUCAGAAAUUCCAGUGGACAAGAUGAAGAAAUAUAUUUCCUACUGCAGAAGCCGUUGCGCUCCUCGUCUAAGCUCAGAAGCUGCCGAGAAGCUGUCGUCCCACUUCGUCUCCAUCCGCCGGCAAGUUCACGCCGCUGAAAUUGAGGCCAACGCUCGUUCCUCCAUCCCCAUCACCGUCCGUCAGCUCGAGGCCAUUGUCCGCAUCACCGAGUCCCUGGCCAAACUAACGUUAUCGCCCAUUGCCACCGAGGCACACGUCGACGAGGCCAUCCGCCUCUUCCUCUGCUCGACCAUGGAUGCCGUGAACCAAGGCAGCAACCAAGGCAGCCGCGACCUCAACGACGAGGUGAACAGCGUCGAGGCCGAGCUGAAGCGCCGUCUGCCCAUUGGAUGGAGCACUAGCCUGACCACUCUGCGACGCGAAAUGGUCGAGGGCAAAGGAUACAGUGAGCAGGCUCUGAACAGAGCCCUGAUGUACAUGGAGAGGAGAGAUACCAUCGUCUUCAGAAACCAGGGUGCUCAGGUCCACCGCAAUGGUGCUUGA